AUGAGAGCCUCGGACGAGCGUCGUAACGGUCGGGAACGACGCGGGAAUCAAGAGCCCGAUCAUGAUGACAAUAGCCAACAACCUGCUCCAAAUGUUUUGCCUGAACAACAGACAACCACAAAAGCAGGAAAACCAAGGCAGCGCAUAGCAUGGACUACAAAAAUGAAUGAAGAUAUUAUGCACUGCUACUACACUGCAACGAAAUUGGACACACUGAAAACAGGAUACAGAACAGAUUUCCAUAGACUAUUUAUACAAUUAUAUCCACAAUACGAACACAAAAUAACUGCACAAAGAGUAUCAGACCAAAAGCGAGCAAUAAUGACAAAUAAACUUUUAACCGACGUUAACAUUGAAAAUAUUAAAGAAGAAGUAGCCAAUAAAAUAGCUAGCAUACAUAACAACAAUAUAGAGCAGAACAUUACACAAAAUCCUAAUAAUAAUAACCAAAUAAACGAUUUAAUAGACCAAAAUAAUAAUGAAGAACAAAGUCCCAAUAGAAACACAAACAGAGCUGAAAUCACAAAUAACCCGAACAACGAUAUGAUCGCAAAAACUCUAAAUGAAAUAAACACUAAUCUAAUAAAGUGGGAAAGUGUAAACCCAGUUAGUCGCCCUCGAAUUCCAAAAUUAAUAUUUAAAAAAGACACCAUUAAAUAUAUCGAAACUAUAAACAACACUAUACUACCAACAAUGCUCAAUCAUAACUCCACAAUAGAAAACAUUCACACAUAUAUAUACGUAGCUGCAAUAACUACAACAAUACUUAACAACCAACAACCUAUAACACAAAACAACAAAAUAUUUAACUCGGGAAAACAUAAGUGGCAAAUACGAAUUGAAAAUAAAGUAAAUGAAUUCCGGAGGAACUUAGGACGUCUAACACAAUACAAGAACGCCUCGGACGAGCGUCGUCAGGGUCGAGGACGACGCGGGAACACAUUGCUCGACCAAGAUGCCGAAACGAACCCGAACUCCACGGAUAACCGCGAACAACAACAAGCUGGAAGUGUUUUGCAUUCUGAAGAAGCAACCACCAAAGCUGGAAAACCACGACAACGUAUGACUUGGACACGAGAAAUGAAUAUAAAUGUCAUGCGAUGUUAUUACAAAAGCACCAACAUAGAAACAAAUAAAACUGGAUACCGUGAAGAUUUGCAUAGAUUAUUCGUUGAAAUAUACCCUCAAUAUGCAAACAUAACCCAACAGAGAGUAGUAGACCAGAAACGCACUAUUGUAACAAACAAUCGUCUAACAGCUGUAGAACUGCAAAAUAUAAAAGAGGAAAUUGCAAAAGAAUUACAAAGUGGCAGUCAGGAUAACAACAACAACUCAGCAAUAGAAUCACAACUGGAAACCAAUAACCCAAAUAAUACUGCACAACACAAGCGUAAACCGUGA